GAUCAUUCAAACGACUAUAUAGUGCCCAAUUUUGUAGAAAAAAGUUCUGGAUCAGAUGAUAAUGAAGUCGAAAUUGAUAUAAAAAUUGAUCAAGAUAAAUAUUUAAUCGGUCAUACUGUUGAUGGACGUGUAUUAUAUCCAGCAGCAGGAUAUAUUACAUUAGUAUGGAAAGCUUUCGCAAAGUUGCAAGGAAAAUGGUUUGAAGAUGUUCCAGUAACUUUCCGAAAUAUAAAAUUUCUUAAGCCUACCGUCCUAAAUACUGAGGGCACAGUUAAGUUCAACAUAAACAUUUUUCAUGGAUCUGGCGAGUUUGAGCUAUUAGAAGGAGGGACCAUAACAGUUUCUGGUUGUGUAAAACUAUUAACCAAACAGUAUGCAGAAAAUCAAUUGGAACAUCUUACACCCAUUUCGGAACAAAUGGAUUUGAAAGCUGACGAUUUUUACAAGGAGUUGAGACUUCGUGGAUAUCAGUAUAAAGAUGAAUUUUUAGGUUUUAUAGAAGCAAACAGUGAAGGUUCAAAAGGUAAAGUUGCGUGGACCGGAAAUUGGGUAUCGUAUAUCGAUACCCUUUUACAAUUUGAACUUAUAUCUAUCAAAACCAGGGAACUACGUUUACCAACUUACAUUAAAGAAGUUAUAAUUGACCCCGUGUACCAUAAACAAGUAGCUAAGGGAUCGACAGACACUAAAGACAUUGAAGUUAACUAUUUUGGUUAUGCUAAAACAACGCAAUCGGGUGGGGUCACUAUUUCAAAUUUGAAAGUGACGCCUGCUCCUUUAAAAAAGAAUGCACAACUUCCAGCCACUCUGGAACGUCACACAUUUAUUCCGUACACGGAUACAUCGAACGAUUUAACUACGAAAGAAGUUCUUUACUCUUUGAUUGGUUUAUUCAUGGAAAACAUAGGAGUACACUACGUUAAAGCAGCAGAAGUACACAACAAGAGCGUAUUGGCAUUUGACAUUGUUCAGAUAAUUGAAGCAGAAGCCAAUUUUUAUGUGGACUAUACCGUUCUUUCGAACAAACCAGUUGACAUCGAACAAAGCAAACUAUCGUCAUUAGAUAUUGAGAUUGUUGACUUUAAUAUCCAAAAUGAAUCGUUACCUGAUGGAUACCACUUGAUAGUUGCCCACGAUGUUCAGUUUGAUGCUACUUUAUUGGGUAAAAUUUCUGCGGCUUUAGCUCCAAGAGGAUUUGUUCUUUUGGUUGAAAACAUAUCUGCUAUUGCCUCGUCAACACUGAAAUCAUAUAAUCUCCAAACAGUGACUGUUAUUGAAAACGAAAAUAAGAAGUACUUCCUCCUGAAAAAACUUUCUCCUAAAUACGAGUACACAAUUUUGAAUAUCGAGGAUGAACAGUUUUCAUGGGUGGAAUCUUUGCAAAAGCAACUAGCUGAUAUUAAAGAAAAUACAAACAAAAAAGUUGUAGUUUAUAGUGAUAAAAAUAUCAAUGGUGUUCUCGGUCUGUCUAAAUGUUUAGUCGAAGAAUUUAGUGGUGAAGAAAAUCCCAUUAGAUGUAUUCUGACAGAGUCUGGCAAAAACUAUACUUUGAAAGAUUUUGCCCCCCUGCUUGAUAUCGAUUUGUUCUUCAACGUGGAAAGAUCUGGAAUUUGGGGAUCCUAUAGACAUUUACCAAUUGAUGUAAAACUUGCUACAAAUAUUCAAACUGCUGAUGCUAAAGUAUCGGUGCUUUCCAAAGGUGAUCUGACAACACUUCAAUGGGUCCAAUCUUCAAAAUAUUCCAACAGUUAUGACGGCAGUGAUUCCAUAAAAAUAUCAUAUGCUGGUGUUAACAAUGUCGAUUUAGCAUCGGUUUCUUCCAUGAAAACUGACUUUGGAGUAGAAUUUUCCGGUAUCAAGUCAAAUGGUCAAAAGAUAAUGGGGUUGGUCAAGACUGGUGCUUUAUCAACGACAGUCAAUCAGAAAAAUGCUAUUGUAUGGAAUGUACCAUCAAACUGGACUCUGAGAGAAGCCGCCACUGUCCCAUACUCUUACUAUGUGGCCACCUACGCUUUAAUACACAAAGGAAAUUUAUCGGAAUCCAAAAAUGUUUUGGUAUUUAUUAGUGAAAAUAGUGUAAACUAUGCAGCUAUUUCAAUUGCAUUAUCUCUCAAGUGCAAAGUGUUUGUCGUAGCUGAAACUAAUGAACAACUUGAAGUUAUUAAAGCCAACUACCCAGAAGUGAGUCAGGUUUCAACUACAAAGUUUGAUUCAAAAUUCAUUCACACGGUAUCAAAGUUAACUCUAAAUCAAGGAGUUGAUUAUGCUAUUCUAUCCAAAUAUUGUUCCAGUCGUCUGCCAGAACUGCUUGCCGAUGAAGCGAAAAUUAUCAUCACCGAAAAUACAGAUGUUUCAGUUUUAUCAAAUUCUCCAAGUGGAUUUGGAGUUGUAUCAGCCAAAUUUGACGAUAUUCCUAUUUUGAAUAAUUCGUGUGUUGACAGUAUUUAUUCAUUCAUUGAAUCGAGAAUAAAACUUGAUGUCAUAAAACCUCUGCCGUUCACUAUAUACCAAUAUUCUGAUGUCGAGUCUGCUUUCAGAUCAUACGCAAAUAAUAAGACUGGAAACAAGAUAAUCGUUGAAGUGACCGGGGAGUCUCCGAGAUUGAACUUUGCAGCAUACCGACGGGUGUACUUUGAUCCCAGCAAAAGUUACAUACUUUCAGGUGGUCUUGGUGGAUUCGGAAUGGAACUUACUGAAUGGGCUGUCGAACGGGGGGCGAGAAAUAUUAUUCUCUGCUCUCGGAGUGGAAUUCAAACUGGAUACCAGAAAUAUAGAGUGAAUAUUUGGAAAAACCAAAAUAUCAAAGUGGAAAUCAGCACAUUCGACCUGACUACAUUGUCGGGAGCUAAGAAUACUGUAGCAUUAGCCCUCAGCUUAGGACCACUUGGUGGAAUUUUCAACUUAGCCGGGGUUUUGAGAGACGGAAUAUUUGAAAACCAAACAGUUGCCAACUUCCAGACUGUGUACAACAGUAAAGUCUUAACUACUAAAUAUUUAGACGAAGCAUCGGAAGGCGCUAGCAAAGAUUUGGAAUAUUUCGUCACAUUUUCGUCCAUUUCGUGUGGCCGGGGCAACAGAGGGCAAACCAAUUACGGUUAUGCAAACUCUAUCAUGGAGAGGAUUUCAGAGCAAAGACAAAAACGAGGUUUGCCGGCGCAAUCUAUCCAAUGGGGAGGCAUCGGGGACGUCGGAAUGGCUUAUCUAUUAACUCGUGGGAACGAAGAAAAAGAAAUCAAUGGAACUCUGGCCCAAAAAAUAUCGUCUUGUCUAGCGGCGUUGGAUACAUUAUUAACACAAAGUUCAGCAGUCGUUGCUUCACAUGUGAUACCAACCAAAAGAAAACUGACAGAAAAUUCGAAAUCACAAUCGCUCACAGAGAUCGUUUCCGGAAUUAUGGGGAUUCAAGAUCCGCUUUCAGUUAAGCCUGCAUCUACCUUAGCUGAUUUAGGAAUGGAUUCCUUGAUGGGAGUUGAUAUCAAACAGAAGAUUGAACAAUUAUUCGAACUGUCUUUGAAUAAUACACAAAUUCAACAGCUGAAGUUUAGUGAAUUGGAUAACUUGGGUGCCAAAUGAAAUCUUAUUAACACAUCGUGUUCGUCAUUGUUAAAGAACUACAUUUUCGAAUGAGUUUCGAUUUAUCGUAACUAUUAUAAUGUAGCUUAUAUUUUAAGACUUUAUUUAACUUAAAAGUGACUUGAGUAAAUAUAGGAAUUGAUAAUAUGAAAUCUUAAUGGGCCUCCUACGAACAGAAAAUACAGUAUACACUAUAGUACUAUACACUAUGUAUCUAUUAUAUAAGUAAUGUACCUUAAUAGAGAAUAAUUUGUUGGGGGCAUGGCACAGCAAGGGGACUAGAUCGCCGGGUGUCCACAAUAGUAUUUUAUCCUAAGUUAUAAACUAUAAUUGGUACUUUUUUUUUAAAUUAAAAUUUUUAUAUUUACUUACUUACUUUUUAGUGUUUUCUAUUUAAUAUGUAUGAUUAAGACUGCGAAU